GGAGGCAAGACAGAUGCCACCGGGGAGCAGCUUCUCAAACUUAGAGAGAGCUUGGGCUAGGAUGAUGUCCUGAACCUUUGGGUGUUUUUUUUUUAUAUGAGCUUAAUCUCCAUGCACUCAGCAUGAGUUCUUUCGCUGGACGCAUGAAGGAGUAUCCCACCAUCUCUCUGGACCGAUUCGACAGGGAGAAUUUACACGCCAGAGCCUAUUUCCUCUCUCAUUGCCAUAAAGAUCAUAUGAAAGGAUUGAAAGGACCUUUUCUAAAGAGAAAGCUGAAGUUCAGUUUAACUGUCAAGCUCUAUUGCUCAUUUGUGACAAAGGAGCUCCUGCUUAGUAGCCAAAAGUAUGCAUUCUGGGAGGACCAUAUUGUUGCCCUGGAACUGGACAGUCCAACUCGCAUCUCUCUUAUAGAUGAAAUCACCGGAGAGUCGGAGGAUGUUGUAGUCACUUUGCUCCCUGCAGGACACUGUCCAGGAUCAGUCAUGUUUCUCUUUGAGGGUGCUCAGGGUACCGUGUUGUACACCGGAGACUUCAGGCUGGCUAUUGGAGAUGCAGCCAGAAUGGAGCACUUGCACUCUGGAGACAGGGUAAAAAACAUUCAGAGUGUUUAUCUCGAUACUACAUUCUUUGAUCCCAAGUAUCAUCAGAUCCCUAGUCGGGCGGCUUGUUUAACAGGGAUAAUGCAGUUGGUACAAGACUGGAUUUGCAGGAGUCCAUACCAUGUAGUUUGGUUAAACUGUAAAGCAGCGUAUGGUUACGAGUACCUGUUCACCAACUUGGGACAGGAGUUCAGCUCACAGAUACAUGUGAACAACUUGGAGAUGUUCAAGAAAAUGCCUGAAAUACUGUGUCACAUGACCACCAACCGUUCAGUGCAAAUCCACGCUUGCAGGCAUCCCAAGGAUGAUGAGUUGUUCAGGGCAAACAGGUUGCCAUGUGGCUCCAUAGCGGCAGACGGCACUCCACUAAACAUCAUCAGCAUCAAACCCUCAACAAUAUGGUUUGGAGAGCGGACCAAAAAGACUUCGGUCAUUGUCAAGAUGGGUGGCAGUUCCUAUAGAGCAUGCUUUUCAUUUCAUUCUUCUUACACAGAGGUCAAGGACUUUCUAUCCUACACUUGUCCUGUUAAUAUCCACCCUAAUGUCAUUCCUUUCGGCCAAACACUGGAGGACAUCACAGAAAUGUUGAAGCCACUGUGUAGAAAACACUCUGGAAUGGAAGAGAUUGUCUACAAACCGCUUGGAACACUCAAAACAACCAGAAAGAGAUGCACAUCAGAUGGGUCGGACAGUGAUGAUGACUUAUUUGACAAGGUUGCCAUGGCACCAAGGAGGCGGAAAAUGGCAACGACUGAUACGACCAAGGUGGCAGUAAAAAUACAGUCUCAUAGCCCUAAUAAAACUGCUCCUGAUAAGGACCAAAUUUACACAACCCUAGAGCGUUGUCCAUCUGUUCACACUUCCAAUUACAUGGACUGCACUGAAUCUAACGACGACGACGAUGAUGAUGAUGAUGAUAAUGAUGCUGAGCUUUUAAACCUCACAGCUGAGGAACCACCUAAUCCAUCUGAUGUUACUUCACCACCUCCGACGGCAUGUUCAGAAAUGGCAUGCCCAAAACUGGCCCAGCCCAUAUCCAAUUUAACCACACUCCAAUCUGAGUCAGCUCCGCCCUGUUGGGAGAAGUUCUUCACAGCAGAACAGGUGUUGACUGAUGAGAGUGAGUUGGAAAAUAGUCAAAACAGCCAAAACACUCUUUCCACUGAAUAUACAGUGUCCCAAUCGCCUGAGCUAUUUCAUGAUGAAGAUGACAAUAGUUCCAUUCACAUGACCUCCUCUCAAUCCACUCAUAUAUCAGAUGCAGGUACGGAGAGUCUCAGUCAGAUGGAUACUGUUCUUGUUCAGAUGGAUGACAGAAAGGUAGUUACUAGUGACCACUAUAACCAAGGGAUCAAUGGAUUGCUUCAAGAUGGGACCUUCAAACCUGGCGAGGUAGUGUCUGAUGUGAUUGAUAAUAAAGUAGAGCUCAAGUCAGAAGAAGCAGUGGAACCACAAUCAGACUCACAGGUAUCAUCAGAUUUUGAGCUUCCUCCAACACCUGGUUCAAAAGUCCCACACCCAGAAGACCUCAAAGACCUGUACAAGAAGUUGGCGGCAGGGGAGGAAGCUGUCAUAAGGAGAAUUUUCUAACUUUGAGUAAUAAUUACUUUUCUGUUUGUCGUAUAAAAACCUCAUAUACCUCAUCUGUUCCAUUAUUCUGUCAUGCAAUUUUGUACCUUUUAGUUAAUGGAGUAAAAAUCCUGAAGUGAAUGCGUUGAAUUUUUUGUCUGUAUCCCAAAGCUGCGUUCAUGUCGUGUUCACGUUGUGAUGGAAUUGCCAGAGAUUUUCUAUACUGAAACACUAGCAACCUCUGUGGCUCCACCGUAUGUGAGGGCGUAACCACAGCCCUUCUUACUAGUAGAGCCUACAAUCAUAGGCGGAAAUCGCGGGGGGGAACCCCCAUCUGAGGGUUGUCCCCCCCCUAAAAUAUCAUUAAAAUAUGUGUAUUGUAAAUAAUGUAAUGAUAUAUUCUUAAAAUAAUGUUUAUUGUCCCCCCCAACAUUUUUAUUACAUUUUCACCCCUGCCUACAAUGCAUAACAUAAUAAGGGUGGUACACUGGCGAGGAGAUGAGGACGUUUUUAUUUUAAUGAAUGUCUAUGGAGGAGAUGCUUCAGUGUGCUGAAUAAACUGCUUUUGUGAGGAAACAGCUCAUUACUUUCAGUUGUUCUCUAGCUAACGUUAGCAUUGCUCUUCUUCGUGUACUUUUACUUAGCUACUUACUUUUACUUAGCAGGUACAACAAAGUAUAAGUAGGUACAACGAAGUAAAAGUAGCUAAGUAAGUUCCUUAGCUACUUUUACUUAGUUGUACCUACUUUUACUUAGCUACUUUUACUUCGUUGUACCUAAGUUACUUAGCUACUUACUUUUACUUAGUUGUACCUACAGAUUCUUGAUUCCAUGAUAAGGUAAGGUUUAGGAAAUGACAUUUAAAUUACUUUGAAACUCUGAAGCGAUUAUACAGUAAUAUAUGUAAAAUAUAUUGAAUUAUUUUAUGCACUUAUAGGUGAAAUUGUUUACAUUUCUUUGAUUGAUGCACAUUUGAGACAUGCACCAAUAAACCAAAAAUAAUUCCUUUUGUAAAACUUACUUGGCAAUAAAUAUCUUUCUGAUUAGGUUUUAAAAUAGAUAUUUAAUUCAUGGUAUGAACAAUUUAGCAGAAUAAAUUGAAGUUAGACUUUUCACCAAUGCCUGACUAUCAGUGGACAGUGAAAGACAUCUGCAACAUGGCCAAAAUCUUGGGUAUACUUCAUAUUUUUUUUAUUAAUUUGCAACCAUGGUAAUAUCUAUCAUAAACAUGAAAAUCCCUGUUUUGACGUGAAGGAUAAACUCAAUGAAAAAGCUAAAUUAUCCUCUGGUUUCACAGUUGCGCAGAAAUUUCGUUUAUGUCUUUACAUUUUUUCCAUCCUCGAUUUUUUUAGUUAUUUUACCUUUUACAGGGAUUCAUUUGCAAUUAUGACCUGUACAAAUGUUUAAGUGUUAAAGUCCAUGUAAAGGCAAUAUAUAUAUAUAUAUAUAUAUAUAUAUAUAUGUAUAUAUAAAAAAUCUAAACACAUUAUACAUUUUAAAAAUGUAUUGCUAAAACACAUUACAAA